AUGCCAGGAGUAGGCUUAAUAUGUUAUGCUGACGAUACCCUUGUGACGGCCAAGGGAUGUAAUUAUCAAGAGGCGAGUUUGUUAGCUGCUGCUGGAGUAGAACAAGUAGUGACUCGUAUAAGGCGACUUGAUCUUCGAGUGGCUUUACAAAAAUCAGAAGUCAUUUGUUUUGCUAGGAGGUCUCCACCUAGAGGCGCUGAAAUAAUUGUAGAUGGCGUUCAUAUGGCAGUAAAGUCGACUUUGAAAUACCUCGGGUUGGUUCUCGAUGCCCGUUGGACUUUCAAAGCUCAUUUUGCAGCCCUGGCACCCAAGCUUGAGUCAACUGCAAUGGCUUUGGGUCGUAUAAUGCCAAAUAUCGGUGGGCCAGGCGAGGGCUGUAGGCUUCUUUAUGCUGGUGUAGUACGUGCGAAAGCUCUUUAUGGUUGUCCGAUAUGGGCGGAUAAGUUGACAUUUUACAACAAAGGUAUACUGAGGCGGUCACAGCGUAAAGUUGCCAUUAGAAUUGCGAGGGCAUACCGUACAGUAUCCUGUGAUGCAGCAUGUGUCAUAGCCGCCACUCCACCUUGGCACUUGGUAGCUCUGGCUUUGGGAGACAUUUUUUGGAGAAGAGCUGAAGCCAGGAGUGGUGGUUUUGACCCACCUCUGGAGGUAGUCAAGGUGUGGAAGGAGGAGUAUCGCCGCUUAAUUUUGCAAGAAUGGAGGGAAGAGUUAAGUGAAUGUCGGUUUGGUUUACAUACCGUUGAUCUUAUUCGUCCCUUUUUGAAACACUGGGUGGACCGACGGUGGGGAUCGCUUUCCUAUCGGCUCGUGCAGGUUCUCUCUGGACAUGGAUGCUUUGGAAGUUAUCUGCAUCGAAUCGUUGGAAGAGAGGCGACACCCGCUUGUCAUCAUUGUGACUGUUUAGAUGAUACGGUGAGGCAUACAGUGGAGGAGUGUCCGGCUUGGGACUACUUUCGCUCGGUGCUUGCUGAUAGCAUUGAUGGCAAUCUGUCGCUUCCACUAAUUAUUCAAAGAAUGGUAGAAGCUGACAAUGACGGUCCUUGGAAUGCCUUCAAGGCUUUUUGUGAGGCCGUCAUGAGUCAGAAAGAGAAUGCGGAGCGUCAGCGUGAAAAUGAUUCAGAUGCUCCGCCAGUAAGGAAACGACGACCGGGGCAGCGACGCCGUGUUUUCGCACGUCUGCCCUAA